AUGGAUAGUGAAGUUCAGAGAGAUGGCAGGGUUCUUGGCAUAACAGAUGAUGCUUGGAGGGAAGACUGUCUAACUUAUGAAGAUGUCACUAUCCCAUUGAGUGAACUGCCUGAAGCUGAGCAAGACAAUGGAGGAUCAACAGAGUUGGUGAAAGAACAAGAAAUUAAGUGGUCAGAUUUAGCCCUUCAGAUCCUGCACAAGAAUACAACCAACACUGAGACUUAG